CAUUCAUCAGCAGUAGAAGAAAUAACCGGGAAAUUGUGUUUAAGCGCUUGCUAGCUAGAGCUGUAAAUAGAGAAAUAAAUAUCAUUGAGAGGGAUCGAUCGCUAUGUCUCAGAGGAAGAAAGCGGUUUCAGCUUCUCAGAGCAAAACUCAGAGACGCUCUCAGGUAUGUCUGGAUGAGGAGGAGGAGGAUGCUAAUUUCAGCCAGAUAACAUCAUCACAGGUCCAGAGAGCCCGAGAGAACUUCUCGAAUGACCAGAUCGACCGCAAGGUGGCAGAGGUGGUCCAGUUCAUCUUAAUUAAGGACCAGAAGAAAAUACCCGUUCGAAGAGCAGACAUUGGCAAACAUGUAAUAAAGGAAUACAAAGCCAUCUAUACAGAAAUCAUGAACAGAGUUUGCCGCAAAUUUGAGCAGGUGUUUGGAUUAAAGCUAGUGGAGAUUGAUCCAAAAAAUCACAUUUAUGUCCUGAUUAAUAAGCUGGAGCCCAUUUCUGGAGAGCCAGUGAGCAUGCGUCCUGGAAACCCAAAGACGGGCCUGCUGUUUGUCAUUCUGAGUGUCGUCUUCAUGAAGGGUGGUGUCGUUAAAGAGAAUCUGGUGUGGAAUACACUCAAGAAACUGCGGGUGGAUCAAGGGGACAAGCAUGAAGAGCUUGGUGAUGUAAAGAAGGUGGUCACAGAUGAGUUUGUACGGCAGAAAUAUUUAGAGUAUGUGAAGAUCCCUCACACAGAGCCAGUGGAGUAUGAAUUUCGCUGGGGUCUGCGGGCAGAGAAGGAGGUGUCCAAACUCAAGCUACUGGAGUUUGUUGGAGAGCUUUUUGAUCAGGAUCCUCAGAGCUGGACGCAGCAGUUCAGAGAGGCCAGUACCGCUGAGCCCAGCAGCCAGAGAACAUGAACACCUUGUGAUGUGCAUUUAUUAUAUUUAAAUAGUCCUGCUUUAAUACUGAACAGUUUUUGGAGUUGCAUUGUUUGUCUAAAUAUAUUUUACACUUGUAAAAAAUUGUAAUUGCAGUAUUUCUUGUUUGUAAAUAAAGCUGUUUUACAAUUCUCUUGUUGACAGUG